GCGGCGUCGGGACGUGAAGGGCGGCUGGGAGGGAAGCCGAAGGGCGGCGGGUCGGGGAAGGACGCUGGAGCAGCAGCCGCUGCUGCUGUUACUGGGACCCCAGAGUAGCCCGGGGCCCUCUCUCCUCUCCCCGCCGACAUGGCCGCCGUCGCGGGGCUCCGCGCCUCCUACCACCGGCUGCUUGACCGGAUCGAGCUCAAGCUGCCGCCGCGGCUGCGGCCCCUGUACAACCACCCGGCAGGUCCCAAAACAGUGUUUUUCUGGGCACCUGUUAUGAAAUGGGUAAGCAUAAGAAGUCACUUUGCUGAUAUUGUUAACGUUUCUGCAGGUCAGGGAAUGAUUUUCAGCUACCCAGGAGGAAACAGCAGUUUAGCUGAUGUAGCAUUACCAUUAGUGGUAAUCUUUGCUUUUUAUCCAACAGGCCUUAUUUGGUCAAGAUAUUCUCUAGUUAUUAUUCCUAAAAACUGGGGUCUAUUUACCGUGAAUUUCUUUGUUGGCUGUGCCGGUGGUUCCCAGCUCUUUCGGAUCUGGAGGUACAAUCAAGAACUAAAAGCCAAGGAAAAAGAGCAGCUGCAGCAAAAAGAACCUUAACGCUACUGGUCAGAUCCAGCUGUGCACAUAACUUCCAGUGGGACCUAGCUUGACCAGAUUUAAUCUUCUCGCAUUGAGAAGGAUGUGCUAAUUUUUCUAAAUGUCUAGAGAACAAAUGUAUUUCUUCAGCUGUAGGUAACAUGCAGUGUCUCUGUACGUUUAAAUAAAAUAUAACCUUUUAAGUUA